GCCGCUCACUUUCUCUCGGGGUUACCCACCACGCCGCCGCCACUCUGGGACUGCUCAGGCCCUCCGGAGCCCGGGAGGUGGCGCAGCCCAGCUCUGAGGCCCAACGGGACCACCUGGGGCACACUGACCCGGACUGGACGGUGGAAACCGCCUCCUAACCUGGAUUGACAGCCCUGACCAUACAGCACUCCAGGCUGUGAGAAUUGAUACAGGGUUAGCAUUCCAUCCUUGGGUCCAUGUGCCCACCCCAGGCCCAGGCAGAGGUGGGUUCCGCCAUGGCUGAGAAAGCUGAGCUGGUGUGUGCCUCCAGCCCAGCGCCCGCUCCUCUCCCUAAUCUGGCCUCACCUGGGCCCCUUCCUGCAGAGGUGGACCACCGAAACACACGCACGCCCUGGUUGCCUCCAGGUGUGCCCGUGAUAAACCUGGGUCAUACCAGAACCACAGGGGCAGCCAUGCCCACCACAGAGCUGAGUGCUUUCCGCCCCUCCCUGCUGCAGCUAGCUGCCUUGGGAACCGCUCCGCCCACCCUGGCCCUGCACUAUCAUCCCCACCCUUUCCUCAACAGCGUCUACAUUGGGCCAGCAGGACCCUUCAGCAUCUUCCCUAACAGCCGGCUGAAGCGAAGACCGAGCCACGGUGAGCUGAACUUGGCUGAGGGGCACCAACCCCAGAAGGUGGCUCGCCGCGUGUUCACCAACAGCCGGGAGCGCUGGAGGCAGCAGCACGUUAACGGCGCCUUCGCGGAGCUCAGGAAGCUGCUGCCCACCCACCCGCCCGACCGGAAGCUGAGCAAGAACGAGGUGCUGCGCCUGGCCAUGAAGUACAUUGGCUUCCUGGUGCGGCUGCUGCGAGACCAGGCAGCCGUGCUGGCCUCUGGCCCCAGCGCUCCCGGGCCCCGCAAGGCGCCGGCGCACCGGGGAGUGGAGGGCGGUGCGCGCUGCGGGGCCCGACACAGGGUGGAGGCUGCGCGCUCGCAGCCCGUGCUUCCUGGGGACUGCGACGGCGACCCCAACGGGUCGGUGCGAACCAUCAAGAUGGAGCAGACGGCCCUGAGUCCUGAAGUGCGGUGACCCAAGGCAGUGGCCCCUCACCUGCUGCGCAGUGAACUCCUUGUAAAGGGGACUGAGGUCGCCCAGAGGAGGAAACGCCCUGUAGCUCUGGAAGGGUGACCGGCGACUCAGGAGCCCCGCAGACUUUUAAGAAAAAUUUCCCACAGGCUACUUGAGGUGGCCUGGCCAGUGUCCUCUUCCCUGGGCCAAGGCCAGAGACUCAACAAAGCAAAGUGACUAUGGGAUCCUUAGGGGUGCUUGGAGAGGUAGGGAAGGGUCUGGAAGCCUUCGCAGCGGCGCCCCCUGCUGGAGGCGGGAAGCCCAGGACAGCGUGUGGGAGGAGGACCCAGCCCAGCGAGCCCAUCUGGUUGCGCUUGAUCCAUGAUCCUGUUAAGCGCGUUAACGAAGACUCAGACACUCUUGAA